UGGUACUAAUCUUAUUUGCACAAAGGCGGGAAGCAAGAAGUUAGAUUCAGUUCAAAUAACAGCGAAACAAGGUAGAUCGUAUUGCAUUAAUCAAGAUUUUUCUACCUUAUUCUGUAUUUGCCCUAGCUUCUAUUACUUACUAUUUUAAAGAAAGGUUGAACUUGAAUUGGGGGCUAGAUUUUAACCUUACAGUUUUUCACUCACCGACUAAAAUGUAUUGUCUGAUAACAGGCCGAAGGGCCCCAACUUUGGCUGACAAAAAUUGCGCUGUACUGAAUGGAUUGAAUCAGUGUUUUAAUAUACUGUGAUUAUACAAGUAAACGCUAUAGGAAGGUUUGUAAAAAGUUGACUUGAAAAAAUUUACGUUUUCCACAUGUACUUUGUUAUUUAAUUUUGCCGUCGAUAUUGAUUUUGUAGACUAUUUGCUAAAUUGGCACCUAACCAGAAAACCGCUACUCAUCACAAAGGCUGAACUUCUGACUUCAUUUCGACCAUCUCGUAAACAUUUCUGUAGUUGGCCUGUCAUUCUACUCUGCUGUAUUUACUCAAAGAUGUAGAAGCCUUACGUAGUUCAGUUGUGCUGAAACUUAAGCAACGCUUUUAGUUUCGAACUUUUAUCAUAUAAACAAGGCGUGCUGAAUCUGUUGGUAAGAUAUUUUACACAAUUUAUCAUUAGAAACGGGUUGUGUAUUUCUCAAAAAGAAAUACUUUAAGUUUCACGCUAUGAUGAUUUACUAAUAACCCGCAGAGAUGAAACAUUCACGGACAGUGGUGAGUCCAAGCGUUCAUCCUUAUAGCUGCUGCUUACGUUUUUUGUUUUAGAUAAAGCUAAUUAAGAUGAUACUGCUCUACAACGAAAGUGUUUUGUUCAAGAGCAGGAGUUAUGUUAUGGUUAUUAGAUUAUGUGAGUCAGGUGUCAUCUCGACUCGUUAUCUUCUGCUUUGAUAUCGUCAAUCAUUGUGCGCACGAAGAUAACAUUGACCUGAAUACCACCACCUGCUUUUUGCUUGGUAACCCGUGACAGUGCUUUCCUUUUGGUGGGCAACCUGUGUUUAAUAAACGUAUUUGCAUAUCAACAGACUCUCUCUCUUAAGUCUUGACAAAGCUGUUUCUCUUAGAGAAACAAUCUCUUUCUCGUUUGUCAAUGUGUUUCAUUUGUUGUAUGCCGCCCUCAGUUAAGUUGCUGUGAGAUUAAUACAGUUAGCUUCUGGCUUAAAAACCAUUUACAAAGUUGCUCUAAAAAGGGGGCCAGGAUGACGUCCUUUUAUUGGAUUUCCUGUUGCUCAGUCUUUUAUGUAAUAAACACGGGGUAACAGAAACCUAAUUACUUAUGAUCAUGUUUAUUUUUGGCCCUAAAAGCGUGUGAUGUAAUUCGCUGACAACAAAAGAAACAACCCGCAAAACUAUCCUCCACCUGAAGUUACGGAUACAGAACGUAACCUUAAAGAUUAUGCUCAUAGAAAAUCCAGCUUCCGAAAACGGCAGUGUUUUGAAAUAAAUCCCAGUUUUUAUUUAACUGGUAUAUUCUGGGUUUUACAGUUACAGGCCCUAUUUUGGACGCAGUCAUUGUCUCGUAGGUAUUUUUCCGUAUUGUCUAAUAUAAUUUUGUUGGAAUUGUGAUAGAUUUAUUUUUUUGGUCUUCUGUUUCAGUUAUAGGGAUUCAUCUUAUUGAGGUCUCCACUGUCGCCCGAACUUAUUACAUGAAAGAUGACGGGAGUUUGGAUUUUUCUUCUUGUAAUUACCCCUAUUCCAGUCAUGGGACAGUUCAUAUUACCUUUCCUUUACAUGCCGCUUAAGCGCAUAUUUACUGGUGAUUUUGGGCCACAAGCAAAAUACGACAAAGUUACUACACAUCACGUGAAGACUGCAAAAAGCUGGACUUUAGAUUUCACAUAUUCUGAAAACCUAAACCAAAUUAAAAUUGCAGUUUUUUCAUUUGCUGCUGAUUCAUUAUUCACCGCUGCGAACUUAGAAAACCUUGAUUACUAUUGGUCUUAUAGUGUUCCUUUUAACGAGUUGGACCGCAACUACUCUGAUCAUUUAAUUGUUCCAACGAAGACACCAGCUGACUAUCAAAAGGAACUUUUAACAUUUGUCAGUCACAAGUUUGUUUUUGACCUAGACAAAGUGGCGUCUAUUCUAGGAAUUCCAACCAUAAAUCUGUCGAGUUCUUACGACCCGGCCAACUGGGAGACCGUUGUUCAUGCAAUGGUUAGUGAGAGUUCCUCUGCAUUUUCCAGACUGCUUGAACUUCCCACUGUAAAUGCCUUGGCAGAAUUGAUGGACAUGGAAGUGCAAGGUUUUCUUAACGUAAACCUUAGUAGAUUCGAAGAAAUGGUGUUUCCUUUCCUCCCCAAGAAGGCGAUACUUGACAAGAACUGCACUUCUUCUCUCAUAAACUCCUCUGGGAUCUUGCCCGGAGAAUCCUACAAUGAAGUGAUUUUGGCGAAGAUACUGCAACACCAUAAGAAUAUAUCACUUUCCACCAGAGAAUUCGGCAUUCUGUACAAUCUCACAAGAGAGCAAGCCAAGGCAAUAGGCAGGUCUACAUUCUAUCAAAUCUUUCGCAUUUGUGGUAUUUCAACAGAAACUCUUCUGAGCAUCACCUUGCCUGAGGUCUCGUGGCAGGUUGUUGGAUCUCUGUACAUAUCACCGCCAUGUCCCGUUUUGAUCAGCAUUAAAGGAAAAUCCAUCGCGUCGUUCAAAAGCAGUGUUAACACGCUAAACGCAAGUGUGCUGGAAAUCCUCGCAGACGUCACGAAUCUUACAUGGCGUCAAGUUUACGAGUCUGUGAAUGUAUCUCUCCCAGAUUGGGAGUUUCUGGAUUCCGUAACGUUGUCAGAGCUGUCAGAAAUCGGUGAAGUUCCCCUGGAAACGUUGCUCAACGACUCUAUUAGUGAGGCAGUGGUUCUUGUUUUGAAGCUGCGAGCAGAUGGGUCUCUCAAUAACAAGACUGAAACCCAUCGUUUAUUCAUUAAAACUCUUCUUAGAGAAAAAUUCAACUUCUCAUUAAGUGACGUGGCAAACCUGACUGCUUUAAGUGAAGUGUCCCUUCAAGGUGCCCCAUCUCCAUUGCUUUUCAGACGAUUUCUGAACGCAACCAUCGCAAACUUUAGAUUGAAUUUAAGUGAUAUCGUUUUCUCUUUGCAAUUGUCUGAAGAAACACUCUAUAACCUACCAAGACAAGAAUGGAAAAGGGUAAUUGCUAGUAUUGUUGAUUCCGUUGUGCAAACCGAGGCUAGCGAUCUUCAGAUAUCAACGGAAAACUUACUGACACUUUUGGGUGUCCAAUCUAUGGAACUGUCGAUUGCAAAGUUAAAGGAGCUGAUAGAAAAUCAAAUCUCAGACGCUAAACGCCACAAGACAAAGUUUGAAACCGCGCCUAUAAUCAUGUAUUUGUCUCAGAAUGCUGUCUCUGAUGAUGCCUACCUUAAUUCAUCUAUUCUCUCUCUGGUGUUGUCAACAAGUGGAUUUAGUUCUAAUGAACUCAGACUGUUAUAUGGAUAUAAUUUACAUCAACUUUUCAUCCUUCAAUCCUUGCGUAUCAAUGAUUUGCAACUUUAUUGUACCCUCAACACGUCCACUGUCAAGCACAAAACACCGUUAAACAUUACCGCUGAAAUCGUUGGGACUAGGGAAGCCGCACCCGUAUGUACAAGUACGAAUUUUUAUGUCUCAGCCCGCAUCAAAAACAUGUCUCAGUUGAAGUCUGAAUUCAGCCUUUUCACGAACACCAGCGUUUCUUUUGUGACUCUUGUUGAGAAGGUGACAGGUCUUCCAUGGCGACGAAACGUUUGGGCCUUUGAAUUAAAGAUGGAAGACUGGACGGUACUGUACGUUCUAAACGAAGACUCGUACAAGGAAGUCACUUCUAGUUUACAGUUAGAUCCAUACCUAUCGACGGCCUUUCUGCAAAUACUCAAUAAAUCAGUAGAGCUAAAGGACGCAGACAAUGUCCAGACCAAGAUAAUUGAACACCGGGACGGUACGCUGAAUUUUCUUUAUGAUCUGUUUAAUACGAAUGAAGCAGAGCUGAUGCAUUUUGGGAGUAAAUCCAAAGCGCAGUAUGAUGUGCUGUUUCCCAUUGAAGUGUUUGCGUUAACGAUAGAGUACUUAGUUGACAAAUUCAAUGUGUCUGUUAGCAGGAUCGAAGUGUCAUUAGAUUUGAAUCCUGGGGAACUUGAAAAGCUUUCUCCUACUGAGUGGCGCGAGAUGAUACCAUUUGUAAAGAACGAGAUCAUUCGAAGUGGUCAGCAUCAGCUGGGCGUAACGAUAAAAAAUUUCGCUCAACUCUCUCAAGAGAUACCUGAGAACCUUCAGAACUUAUCGCUUGCACAACUUGAAUCAAAAUGGGACAGUAUGUUUUCCAGGCUACUCAGAGGUAAGGAAGCUAUUGAGACGGAAACACUACUGCAGAUUAUAACGGCUAUUGGGAUAACGAGUGGCUCAUUGGACGAGGUUACUUUCUUGGAAUUUAUUGAAGAGAGGAUCAACAUCACUAUAUCAGAAGUUCUACUACUCUACAACUACAGUUCUACCGGAAUUGACGUUUUAGGCAACUACACAAUUUUGGAAACUCGAGGAUUUUGUAACCUGUCUGAAAGCAAUUUCCUGAGUAAGCGGCCCCAAGAUUUUAUAGAGUCAUUACUUGGGCUCGACAACGAGAUGUCAUGUAGAAAGAUAGCACUAGUUGUUGCUGCAUCGAUUUUGACUGUGAACGAUUUGGCAGCCAAAUUCAGCCUUGAGGUAGCAGACAAUGGCAGCUUGCUAACGAUUUUUGAAGAUCUAUUCAAGCUUCCGUGGCCGAAGAUUGCAUGGGCUGUAAAUGCUUCUUUACAAGAUUGGCCCAUUUUAGGUGCGAUAAAUUUGAAUAAUGUCGGUCAGUUGGUGUCGAAAACCACAGCAGUAAUGAAAAGUCAGGAGUCAUUCAGAGAAAUAACGAUGCAGCUGUUAAGUCUCUCCAAAAACUCAUACUCGCAGUUGUUAAAUGAAUAUCGGGC